AUGUCUCAAACAAAUAAUAAUAGUUGUGGAAAUGCAGGUCCUUCGCCAGGGUGUAAUAGUAGUAAUGGCAUACUCGGUUCUACCAAAAAUUGUGGAGUAGCAUUGGAUGAUGUUAGACAAGCAUAUAUAAUCUUAUUAGAAUUGCCUGUGUCUGUGAUAAGAGCUAUGAUGCAAUCAAUCGAAAAUUUAUUGAAAAGACCUGGGAGGAUUUUAAAAACAUGUGAAGAUAUAAAAUUUCUGAUGAUAAUAUUAGAGAAUACAUUGUUGUCACAACAUAAAUUUGCUCAGGAAUCUCAAAGACAUCAUAAUAUAGUUGAAAGAAUUUUUGGUUUAAUUUCAAAUCUAAGUGUGGAACUUCGUCAUUAUUUGCUUAGUUGGUUUUCAGGACUUCCAACAAAUAUUUUUAGGAAACGCAUUGAACUGGUUAAUUCAUUUAUAAGUUAUCGAUUGGCAAUUCAUUGUACCACCAAUCAAUAUUCGCCAGAUAUAUAUGAUUCAAAGGGAAAAAUUAAUAUUACAUCAAGAUUAAUAUAUGAACCAGACUGGGGAAUUAAUGCCGCAGCACAAGAAGCAUUUUUUACAUUUCUUUAUCAAAAACGUACAUUCAAAUCAGCAUUAGAGUUAAAGAUUCGGAGAGAUAAUAUAAUCCAGGAUUCAUUAAAUCAAAUAUCAGAGAAUGUAAUUGAUUUAAAGAAAUCAUUAAGAAUUGUAUUUAUAGGUGAAGAUGGUGUAGAUGGUGGCGGGCUAAGAAAAGAAUGGUUUCUAUUAUUAAUAAGACGUUUGUUUGAUCCACAAUACGGAAUGUUUACGUGGGAUGAAGAUUCGAAAUAUUGUUGGUUUAAUCCAGCAAGUUUUGAAAAUAGCGAUCAAUAUUAUCUUGUUGGUGUAAUUGUCGGACUCGCAAUUUAUAAUUCAACUAUAUUGGAUGUGCACUUUCCUUUAGCAUGUUAUAAGAAAUUAUUUAAUGAACGAGUGGGAUUAGAAGAUUUAAAAGUUUUCAAACCAGCACUAGCAAGAGGAUUAGAACAACUCCUUACAUUUGAAGGAGAUGUAGAAUCAACAUUUUGUCGUGAUUUUGUUGUUGCGUACGAAGCUUUUGGUGAUGUGAAGCGUGUUCCACUCAUACCCGGUGGUUUUGAUAUACCCGUCACAAAUGCCAAUAGACAACAAUUUGUUGACCUAUAUGUUGAUUUUAUACUAAAUAAAUCAAUUUCAAAACAAUUUGAACCUUUCAAACUUGGAUUUGAACAAGUUUGUGGUGGACAUGCUUUAUCUCUUUUUCGACCAGAAGAGAUUGAACUUAUGGUUAGAGGUAGCGCAGAACCAUUAGAAAUUGAUCAUUUAAGAUCGGUGACAAUAUAUGAAGGCUUUUCAAAAGAUGAAGAGAUUAUUAAAAAUUUUUGGGAAAUAUUUAAAUCAAUGGAUUCACAAAUCCAACGUAGAUUAUUGACGUUUGUAACUGGUACUGAUAGAAUCCCUGCAACUGGUUGUGCAAAUCUUGCCUUUAAGAUUUCUUGCAUUGGUGGCGAUUGUGAAAGGUAA